AUGUCGAGGCCAGCAGUGCUUGUUUUUCUGUUGCUGGUUUUGAUUAUCACUUCUCAGUUCGAAUGGAGGCAACAGUUGGUGAAUGAGGCCGAUUCAACUUCUGGCGAAACUCAAAAGCGUCAGAAGAUUUCGGAAAGAGAAGAAACUGUAAAAGAAAAGAUUAUCUUAUCACAAGAGAAGAACAUACAAGUGCUUACCGAGCUCGUCCGGAGUUUAAAAGAACAGCUUCAUUUGUGCAAAGGUAGUAAUGAGACAGCCAACGGGACUUUCAGCUCUUAA